AUGGCUGACCCUGAGUCAACGCUGCCAGAGGCAGACAUUGAGAUGGAGGGCGCAGAAGAAAAUCCAGUCGAAGUUGACGAUAAUGACGACGAGCCGAAUGUUCCUCCCAUACAAGAUCCAGAAGACGACGCGAAGCCACUGAUCGCUAAUCCACAAACACGAUUCCUUGACUAUUUGCGAUCACCCAUGAUUCAGCUCAAUAUUGGUGGUGAUUCGUCUGCCAUCUCGGCGCACAGAGCCAUUCUUACCAUGUCUCCCUAUUUCAACGAGCGACUGGCGUCCGAGGAGACGGAAAUUGACAUGCCAGAUGAAGACCUCGAUGCUAUGGGCUGCUUCCUGCAGUACCAGUAUACUGGCGAGUAUUUCCCACGCAGACUUGCCAACCAACCUGAUGGCCUCGAACACGAUCCUUCUGCGCCAGCCAUCGACAACACAGGUGAUCAGUUGCUGAAGCACGCGCGCGUCUACACUCUGGCUGAAAAGCUUGGAUUGCCGGAACUACAAUCACUUGCGCACUCAAAGAUUCACCGGAUCAACAGUAGUGCUGUUGGCGAAAUUGCUUAUGCCAGAUAUGUCUACAGCCACAGCUCGCCCGAGGACACUACCAUCAGGAAACCUGUCGCCGCGUUCUGGGCCACUAGAUCUCAUGUUCUGCGUCAUGAGGCAGAGGCCGAAUUCAAGUCCAUGUGUCUCGAAUUCCCACAGUUCGGUUUCGAUGUUCUUACCUUGGUAUUGGAUAGCAGGGAGAAGAGGGCUGCGCAAAGAGCGGAUGAUACUGGCGCCGGUUCCACCCCUGCACGAGGCAGGAAACGCAUGCGACCCAGCGUAAAUAUUUAG